UUUCAUUAUCCGGUCAUGCAGACUGUUUUGUGGCAUACAGAUACCUUAAAGCCAAAAACUACACUAGAAGAACAUUCAUCACUUAUAACUGAUGUUCAUUUUAGUCCAAGCAUGGCCCGCCUUGCAACAUUCGACAAGAGUGUAAGAGUUUGGGGUGCUGACAAUCCUGGCUACUCCCUUCGGAAUUUUACUGGGCAUUCUGCUGGUGUUAUGUCACUAGAUUUCCAUCCCAAUAAAGAAGACUUGAUCUGUUCCUGUAAUGGGGAUGGUGAGAUUAGGUACUGGAGCAUCACCAACGGUAGCUGCACAAGAGCGUUCAAGGGUGGGACGGCUCAGGUGAGAUUUCAGCCUCGUCUUGGCAGGUAUCUCGCAGCUGCUGCUGAGAAUGUUGUAUCAAUUCUUGAUGUGGAGACACAAACAUGCAGACAGACGUUAAAGGGUCAUACAAAACCAAUUCACUCUGUGUGCUGGGACCCUUCAGGCGAGCAUCUGGCUUCAGUUAGCGAGGACUCAGUGAGAGUGUGGACACUUGGUUCAGGAAGCGAAGGGAAUUGUGUACACGAACUUAGUUCAAAUGGAAAUAAAUUUCACUCAUGUGUUUUCCAUCCUUCUUACUCUUCAUUGCUAGUUAUUGGCUGUUACCAGUCUCUAGAGCUUUGGAACAUGACCGAAAACAAAACGAUGACGCUUCCUGCACAUGAAGGAUUGAUUGCUUCGUUGGCUGUAUCGACAGUGGCGGGUUUGGUUGCUUCAGCCAGUCAUGACAAGAUCAUUAAGCUUUGGAAGUAACGACGA